AUGGCAUAUUCUAAUUUCGUGAUAUUGCCACACUACAUCGACGUUCGCUCAAUGAUCUCAUCUUUAGUCCGGUUGGUUAGUGUUUCGACAAACGACAGGCGACUCGACUGCGGAACUCGACAGGGAGCUGCUGCUGGUGCUCGACAGCGCUGGUACUCGUUCGCACCCGCAUUUUACCUCUGUGCUGUGCAGACGGACUCGCCCUUCAACCAGCAUCCCGUUCCCGGAUACUGGUGCAAAGUACCUACAAAAGAAAAAGCCUCGGCAAUGGACCAUCAUGGACAAUCCACCAGUAGCACCGUGUGCCUCAAGCAGAGACACUCACAAAAGAAGCCGCUGAUUUCAAAGGCACGGAGCAUUAAGGCACCAUGGAAAUGAUCUUCAGCGGGAGAAAAAGACGAACACGAAUCAAAGAUAAGCAUUAAUUGUUCGCGAAGGCACGAACAACCCGCAGCCUUCGGCCAACACACC